GCCGGUUCUUUGAGUCGCCGGUUCCCGGGUUUCUGACGGUUCGAUAGGGGUUUUUAACUGGUUGGAUUUUAGUUGGAUUUUAGCAUUAAUCCAACUUGGAUUAUUUUCGGUUGAUGGUUUAACCCGGUCCGACCGCGGGUAAAAACAUAGCUUUUUUUUAUUCUAAAAAGGGGUAAAAACUAAAAAACAAUGCACGGAAUAAUCGGUGGGCCGAAGCCUGAAGAAGAGCAAGCGAAAGGAUUUGAGAGUUGGGAUUCGCCGGCGGCAACAGGCAGAAAAUGCUGAAUCAUUUGCUCUAUCGCUCUCACACCCCUUCUCUCCUCUUCUCCAGAACCUUCUCCUCCUCCUCUACGCUUUUCGUCAAAGGGAUAUCUUUCUCAAGCACAGAAGAAACAUUAACGCAAGCAUUUUCUCAAUAUGGUCGAGUUCUUGGAGUGGAUGUGGUAAUGGACGAAGUCAGAUGUAGGCCAAAAGGGUUUGCUUAUGUCACAUUCUCUUCUAAAGAAGAAGCCGCAAAAGCUUUAUUAGAACUAAACGGACAGUUGGUAGACGGGAGGGUUGUGAUCCUCGACACAACGAAAGCCGUGAAACAGAAUCGACCAGACAGCAAGCGGAAGCAUGCAGAUGCAGGUGGGUGAUAGCUGAUACUUCUCUUUUCUCUUACGAGCUAAUUGUUAGUGGAAGAGGUUCCGAACAGCCAACACGUGGUUACUCCAGAAAGUUAGGCAACGUUUUACUGUUUUGGCAGCAGAAGAAAGAAAAAAAGACGAGAAAGCCUCUGACUUAUCAAGUCUAUGAUCAUGUGAAGUUACUCCAGGUCCAGGCUAACCUACAUUUACCUAAUAGUCUUUAAUUUUUGUGGAUGACUGUGCUUCUUCUUUACCUCAUAUUUUCUCGUUCUUCUCCUUUGUUGGACAAAUUUACUCUUUCUUCUUUUCACAAGUUUCUUCAUGUUUUGGCAUCUUCAAAUUACACAACUAAAGCACCACAUGUAACGUAAUUAUUCAUUCGUCACCUUUUUAAGAAUGUCUGAAUAUUGAUA